AUAAACCCGCCCACAUUUCUUUUGGACCUCACAAAUCUCAAAUUGCACUCGAAGGGUCUUGCUCCUUCUCUAACAUUUUUCCCCACCCCCUCCUAAAUUCAUCCCUUCCCCUUGGUUUCUCACGCACAUAUUUUUCUCUGCAGAACUUUGGAAAAAGGUGUUUUGUGUAUUACCAUGGAGGUCACAGCAGCAGAGGCAACAGGAACACGGGGGGAUGGAGAGGGGGCAACACAGGUCAACAAAACCGUGAUGGGGAACAAGCCCCUCCAUCGUUUCAUCAGAGGAGAACCUAAAUGUCUUGGGAUUGCAAUCCUGAUACUUGGCUGUGCAGAGCUGCAGAUGGGUAUUGGGCUGUUGAAGGCAGACAACUUUAACUCCAGCUUCAUCUACAUCCCUUUCUGGGAGGGAGCCCUGUUCAUCACUUGUGGAAUCCUCUCCAUCUACACUGAGAUGCAUCCCUCAAAGAAAACGGUGACGGUGUGUUUGGCCAUGUAUGUGGUAACCCUUAUUGGUAUUCUGGUAUCCUCACUCCAAAGAAGCGCCUUCAUUGCAUAUUCUAACACAAUCCUGUAUCGUAAAGGACAAAACAAAUGGCAGACAUACCAGGAGGAUCAAAUACAAGGUUUGGAGGCGUUACUGCUCACGUGCUCGCUCUGUGUGUCUGGGAUUCUCAUCUUUCUGUCCACUAUAGCACGGUUCGCUUUGAAGUCCUCCAAAACCCAGAUGGUCCUCACCAUGCCCAUUCAGUCCUGAGUGGGAAAUAACCCUUUUAAGUAUUAGAAUUGACAUCAUACAAUUCAUGUACUACGUAAUGGGAUCACAUUUUUUUCUCACCUUGACCUAAGUACAUUUUGUGUGCAUAUUCUACCACCUAGUGGUAGAAUCAUUUGUAGCUUUGACUUGUUUUAUGGCUCCAUUUCUUUAGCUAUGUGUAGGCUGAAGACCAAAUUACGGCAACUGCUUUGUACACUUUUACAUGUAUGCAGAAAUUGUUGUGUAUAAUAAAAUAUAAUAAGUAGCCUAC